AUGUGCUGCUGUGGAAGAUACUAUGGUGGCCUGGGUUAUGGCUAUGGUGGCCUGGGCUAUGGCUAUGGAGGCCUAGGCUAUGGCUAUGGCUGUGGUUAUGGCUGUGGCUAUGGUGGAUAUGGUGACUACGGUUAUGGCUGCUGCCGCCCACUGUGCUACAGAAGAUGCUGGUCUUAUGGCUUCUAUUAA